AACACCGAAUGUGGAAACCGCUUUGCGAAAGAAUCUUCAGCAAUAGUAAUUUGAGUAACAUUUUGCGCUGAUAACACGCGAUGGUCAUACUUAACUUUGUUCAAGCUUUGAGGUGCUUGAUAGGGGAUAAAACGAAUAACGCCCGGCUAAUCUGAAUCAGUUGAGUAGUUGCUGGGCUGUAAUCCAGCUACCAGUCAAUGGACCAAGAAAUGUCCGGCUCUUCGGCAAACAGUUUAUCGACCGCAGUCAGUAAUGACUGCGUUUUUUGCAGGUGAUAUGCAAAAAGAGCGGGAGUGGGAGCGGGAGUUAGCGCGCUAAAUGACCAGCUGUUCGUCCUGGUUUUGCAUAAUUAAUUCACGAGCCACCGAGUACUUGCGCGAUACUGAUGUGUACUAUGAGGCGAUCGAAAGCUGGGCGUUCGAUAAUAGCGGUUGAAGAAGGGAAAGGAGCCGAUGAGUUGUGUGCCCUUUUCCGUGCACAACGUACAGAAUACUGCUGCUAGUGUUCAGCCGACGCGGCACUGCCGAGGCGGUCCCUCACUGCUGGUGUACUUGUACUGAGAAAAUGCGUUUUCUCAUCGGCGAUGCUGACAAGGAUGCACGACAUUUCAGUUUCCACAUACAUUCUACUUUUUGUCAGGAAGACAUUUCUGUUUCCACAUACAUUCUACUUAUUAUCACGGAUGCAAGACAUUUCUGUUUCCACAUACGUAUCCUACUUAUUGUCAGGAAGACAUUUCUGUUUCCCCAUACAUUCUACUUAUUAUCACGGAUGUAUGACAUUUCUGUUUGUGUUUCCACAUACAUUUUACUUUUUGCCACUCUCAGUAAUAAAUAUUACCCGUCAGCUCACCAUACUACAAUGCACUGGGGGAAAAAAGCCGGAUUCCGUACAACGCAAACCGGAGCCCGGCCGUGUACCGAGAAAACCGGACUGUUCUCUCCGAGUCACUUUCUCUGUAGUGAUGUACGUACUGCGAGAUUCCAACGGAUAUAAACGGCGUUGAGUGUUCCAUUUUAUCCGUUAGUUCCCCUCUUUAUUGAGCCCGUUUGGGCCAUACUGCGACAGUGAUAACUGGAUUCAAAGGGCCGUUUCCUUGCCGUCGGUUUACAGCAACGAAGCGCAUUCCAAAUUAUAAACCGGGACCUGCUGUUUACCGCGGCUGGUCAAACUUGGCCGUCUGCCGCGUGGAAUGCUCAUCGUCCAAACCUUACAAUCCCGAUUACAUCAAAUUACCCAAGCCUGAGAUGAUCCUGACUCGGAUUUAACUAAUUUCUGAAGCGGGAUUUUCAAUAGAGCGAUCUACGCCAUUGUCUGCUGCUUGUGCAUGAUACCCAAUUCACCCAUCGUCAUCACUACCUACUGUUACAUCCGGGUUACUCAUCUGCGCAGUUCCUUCGCCGUCUGCGGGACUUUUUUGAAUCGGGCUCCGAAUCAUGGCAAAAAUUUCCGUACUUUCUCUACAAUUGCAAACUUUCGAGGCAUGCUGAAUGCAGUGCUGAUGUAAAUGCACGCGCUAAUCGGCUUUUCCCGUUGAUGGCGCUCAGUUUCCCGGAUUUAUACAAACGUCUCCACAUAUCGACGAUGACGUGGAUACUUUUUCUGGAGACAGCGACGGCCACUCAUCUCAUCGUUCCUUUCCUGGGCCUUCUUCUGUUGGACCGCUUCUUCGCACUUGAGAAAUCCGCUGUUUACGGUCUGAACUGGUUUGGACAUGAGAUCUAUCCACUACUGUUCCGGCUGUAUCGAAGAGAACAGCAAUGGAAGGAAGUGCUGAAGGGCAAGCAAUCGAAUUUGUUUAACAGUAUUUUGUGCAAUUCGGACCUGUGUGCACUGGUGGAAGCUCUGUAUUUUUCCAGCCAUCAGCAACAGUUGACAGGCUACCAAGCCGGAGUGCGCAUCUCCCUGGGCGUCAUCCAGUUCAUACUCAACCUCACCAUGCCCAUCCCCACCCUCAUCCUCCGCGAUCUGCGCAACGCCUUCACGGUGUACGUCGCCGCGCUCUUCACCGCCAACCUGGUCUACGUCGGCACCGAGUACCCCAUCGACGUGCUCCGCAUCGUCUACUCCGAACAAUCCUUUUCAUCCUCCGUCUGCACGUUCUACCUGUACCUGGUCUAUGUCUUCGCGGUGGUGCGCCUGCACAUGCAUGUCCUGAUCACCAUCAACCGCAUCUGGGCCAUCCAGUUCCCCGUCCACUACCGCAACGUCCACAACGAGCGGGUCGCUGUUCUAGUUUGCCUGGGAACGGUUUUAUAUAUUCACAUUCUGAUUCUCCCGUUGAUCAUCAUCGAUCUGCUGUAUUAUCGAUUGCCGGAGCAGGUGUACGGGUGCGGGUUGGCCUCGGACCAGCUGCCGCUCUUCGAGUACGAGCUGAUUGUAGAGGUGCUGGCGGAUGACCUCUUGAUUGUCGUUAUCAUCGUGGCAUACCCGUUUUUGUAUUAUAAACGCUGGAAGGCCAUCAAGAAUCGGGAGAAUACACCCGAGGGACAAGCCGCGUCGCAUCCGUUCUUACUGCUGACCUCGUUGACGUUGGGGAUCGUUGUGGCGUCCGCGCCGGCCAGUGUGUAUUCGACGCUGAUGUAUCUAGUCCAGCCGGAGGAUUAUCAUAAGUAUGCGGAGUUUGAGCGCGCCGCGCAGAUUAUGGCGUAGCUGCUGCCGGUGAUCGAUCCGAUCGUGUUCGGACUGAGUUUGAGGGAUGGGUCUGAGGUUUUUUGAAAGGAGUCGUGGUAAUUCUAUUACGCCGAUUGGUGCGGUGGUUUAGGACCGAAAAACCUACACAUGAUGCGGUCGAUGUAUA